GUGUGGAGAAAGGCUGGUGCAAAAGGAAUGCGCGUUUGCAGGAGGAGGAGUAAAGCGAUGAUUGUGUAAUUAAAUAAUAAAACAAUCCUUAAGUCUGAUUUGGAGAGAGCUGGAGCGGGGUCCAGAGGGUGGAACCGGUGAAAUUUUCAACUUCCAAGUUUUGCAACGAAAGAAAGCGAGGGGGGGGGGGUAACCUAAAGCCGAGGAGUUUGGAGUCGAGCGGGAAAGCGGGAUUUAUCGGUUGAGAUUUUUUUUUUCCAGGAGAUCGUUUUGAUCCCCUGGGCUGUGAGCAGCAGCGGGCGGCAGCAGCAGCAGCAGCCUCCACGCUUAGCCAGGUCAGAAGCCAGAAGCCAGAAGUCGGGAGAGGCGGGCGGGCGGGCGAGCAGGCGCGGAGGAGCCGGCGCGGGCUGCUUUGGCGGCGGCUGCAGCGGCUGCAGCCCGGGACCGCGGGCUGCGAGCCUCUUCCGCCCGGGAGAUCGGCGCUCGCGCCCCCUCCCUCACCCCGGCCUCUCCCUUCUCCCCCACCCCACCCCGCCCCCACCCGGCUCUCCCUUGCGCGCGCCCCGCCACCCGCGCGCACUCGCUCACGCUCCCCCUUGCGCACACAUGGUCGGCUGGCGGCAAAGUUUCACCGGCGAACACCACUCCGGGAUCCUGCCGCAGUGUUUGGGGCUGUAACCUUGAACUUUCCUAGUGCGGUGACACAUUCUCCUUGCUUUCCCAGCCGCCCGCCCUCCUGCGCCCCCUUCCUCGCCUUUUUUUUUUUUUUUAAGCAUUUCACCCACCAACCAUCAUCCCAACGUAACCCACACCGAAUCUUCGCUCAUCCCCCAAGCCCCCAACAACAACAACAACUGCAAAAAAGGAAAGGAAAAAAAAGAAAAGAAAAGAAAACAAAUUCCCCAACCCAGGCGAAAAGCAACUAACACCGGCGGUGGCGACGGAGGCAGCGGCAGCCUCAGCGAGCACCGGCCAGCGCUCCCGGACUGCAAGAGGGUUAAAAGUGUAGAUUGGAUUUCACCCCAGGAAAUCUAGCACGCCGAGUGAACUUGAAUCUUUGGCUAUUUAAGGAGGACUGGGUUUGUUGUGAAGUUGCGGUGAUCCAGCGCAGAGCCCCGUCCUGAUUGAUCGCAUCGCGGGGCUCAGAUGACUGUAACAUGAAUAGAUGAAAUUCUUGCUUCUUGAAGAUUUUUUUGGGCAUCUCCGGGAAAGUGCGUUUUAAGGCGAAGUCAUGAUGUAUUCUCCCAUCUGUCUCACUCAGGAUGAGUUUCACCCGUUCAUCGAGGCACUUCUUCCACAUGUCCGUGCAAUCGCCUACACCUGGUUUAACCUGCAGGCUCGAAAACGCAAGUACUUCAAAAAGCAUGAGAAGCGGAUGUCAAAGGAUGAAGAAAGAGCAGUCAAAGAUGAGCUUCUCAGUGAAAAGCCUGAAAUCAAACAGAAGUGGGCAUCCAGGCUCCUGGCCAAACUGCGCAAAGAUAUCCGCCAGGAGUACCGAGAGGACUUUGUGCUCACCGUGACUGGCAAGAAGCACCCGUGCUGUGUCUUAUCCAAUCCUGACCAGAAGGGUAAGAUUAGGAGAAUCGACUGCCUGCGACAGGCAGACAAAGUCUGGCGUCUGGAUCUAGUCAUGGUGAUCCUGUUCAAAGGCAUCCCUUUGGAAAGUACCGAUGGAGAACGGCUCAUGAAAUCCCCACAUUGCACAAACCCAGCACUUUGUGUCCAGCCACAUCAUAUCACAGUAUCAGUUAAGGAGCUUGAUUUGUUUUUGGCAUACUACGUGCAGGAGCAAGAUUCUGGACAAUCAGGAAGUCCAAGCCACAAUGAUCCUGCCAAGAAUCCUCCAGGAUACCUCGAGGAUAGUUUUGUAAAAUCUGGAGUCUUCAACGUAUCAGAACUUGUGAGAGUAUCUAGAACACCUAUAACCCAGGGAACUGGAGUCAACUUCCCAAUUGGAGAAAUCCCAAGCCAACCUUACUAUCAUGACAUGAACUCCGGGGUUAAUCUGCAGCGGUCACUGUCUUCUCCACCAAGCAGCAAAAGACCGAAGACUAUAUCUAUAGAUGAAAAUAUGGAGCCCAGUCCUACAGGAGACUUUUACCCCUCUCCAAAUUCACCAGCUGCUGGAAGUCGAACAUGGCAUGAAAGAGAUCAAGAUAUGUCUUCUCCAACUACUAUGAAGAAACCUGAAAAGCCAUUGUUCAGCUCUACAUCUCCACAGGAUUCUUCCCCAAGGUUGAGCACUUUCCCCCAGCACCACCAUCCCGGAAUACCUGGAGUCGCACACAGUGUCAUCUCAACUCGAACUCCACCUCCACCCUCACCGUUGCCAUUUCCAACACAAGCUAUCCUUCCUCCAGCCCCAUCGAGCUACUUUUCUCAUCCAACAAUCAGAUAUCCUCCCCACCUGAAUCCUCAGGAUACUCUGAAGAACUAUGUACCUUCUUAUGAUCCAUCCAGUCCACAAACCAGCCAGCCUAACAGCAGUGGUCAAGUAGUAGGGAAAGUGCCUGGCCAUUUCACUCCUGUCUUGGCACCCUCUCCCCAUCCCAGUGCAGUGCGACCUGUGACCCUGACCAUGACAGAUACUAAACCCAUCACUACAUCCACUGAAGGUGAGGCAGCUUCACCUACAGCAACCACCUACACAGCCUCAGGCACAUCUCAAGCCAAUCGAUAUGUGGGACUAAGCCCAAGAGACCCAUCCUUCCUACAUCAGCAACAGCUGAGGAUUUGUGACUGGACCAUGAAUCAAAACGGCAGGCAUUUAUACCCCAGUACCAGUGAGGAUACAUUGGGAAUUACUUGGCAAAGUCCUGGUACCUGGGCUAGCUUGGUUCCUUUCCAAGUGUCAAAUAGGACACCCAUCCUACCGGCAAAUGUCCAAAAUUAUGGUUUGAACAUAAUUGGAGAGCCUUUCCUUCAAGCAGAAACAAGCAACUGAGGGAAAAAGAAAUACAACAAUAGUUUAAGAAAUUUUAAAAUAUAUAUAAAGGAAACAAGGAAGACUGGACAAAACAAAAAGGGAGAAAGGAAAGAAACUGAAGAAAAGAAGAUGAUAGACCAGCAUUGCAGCACUUACAAUCACUAAUUCCCUUAAAGUUGAAACUAUAAUGACAUUCAGAAGGGUCGAUGAUAUUUCACUGAUGGUAGAUCGCAGCCCUGCAACGUAGCCUUUGUUACAUGAAGUCCGCUGGGAAAUAGAUGUUCUGUCUCUAUGACAAUAUAUUUUAACUGACUUUCUAGAUGCCUUAAUAUUUGCAUGAUAAGCUAGUUUUAUUGGUUUAGUAUUUCUUGUUGUUUACGCAUGGAAUCACUAUUCCUGGUUAUCUCACCAACAAAGGCUAGGAGGCAAUAUCAGAGGUGCCCGGUGACAGAGCCAUGAGCCAGCCAUUUUGUAAGCACUCUGAUUUCUAAAAGUUAAAAAAAAUAUAUAAAAUCUCUGUAGCCUUUAGUUAUCAGUACAGAUUUAUUAAAUUUUGGCCCUUAACCCAGCCUUUUCCAGUGUGUAACCCAGUUUGAAAUCUUAAAAAAAUUUAAAAAAAAAGAAAAAAAAAGAGUAAAAAAGGAAAAAAAAAGAAAAAAGGAAAAAAACAGUUUGAACACAAAGGCUCUAUGGAAGAAAUGCCUCUAUGUAGGUGAAGUGUUAUCUCUGCAUGCAACAGUAAAAAUUAAUAUAAUAUUUUCCCCACAAAAGAAACACUUAACAGAGGCAAGUGCAAUUUAUAAAUUUAUAUCUAAAGGGGAAUCAUGAUUAUAAGUCCUUCAGCCCUUGGACUCUAAAUUGAGGGGAUUAAAAAGAAUUUUAAAUAAUUUUGAGCGAAUUUAUUUUCCCCUCCGUUUUUGAGGGCAUUUAAAAAAAAAGGCAUUAAAUCAAGACAAAUCAUGUGCUUGAGGAACAAAAAUGAAUGAAAACACAGCACUUAUGUUGGUUUAGCUGCAGCCUCCGUGGAGGUAAAUUUAUUUAUUUAAAAUUACUGGUUGCAUCAAGAACCCAUAGGGUGUACAAAAGUUUCUAUAAAAUCUGCAUUUUAGAGGCAAAGAGGCAGGCAACUCCAUGUCACAAGGGUAAAGCUUACAGUUUACAAACUGGGAAUGCCAGGGUGUUGGAUAUAAAAACGCACUCUUGAGAAAACACAUGGGAUCGGGGUGCUGAAAACUUGCAUGGUGCUUUCAGACAUUAGCCUUGUUCAACCAAUUUCUUGUAUUGACAGAUCCGUAGUGUGCAUGGGCAGACACAUUUUUGCCUCUGUCUCUUAAAAUUUUAAUUAAAAAAAUACUCUUUCCAGUAAUCCUAAUUUGCACGAAGAUAUAAUGUCCACAUUACGUGCCUUGCCUUGAAAUCGAAAAAAAAAAAAACAAAAAAGAAAAAAAAAGAAGAAAAAAACCCACAAAAAGUGACAUCACUACACUUGUUUUGCUGCAUUUAUUAUCAUUUUAAAUCUUUACCAUUUUUAUGACAAAAUAUUUUGUACUCCAGACGAAGAAAAAUGUGUGACAUCAUGGAUUUUUUAGACAGUUAUACCUUUAUCUCACAUUUAUAAAGCAUAUCAUGGCUGUGUAUAGUUGCCGCUUAAAAAUUGUAAUCGACCAGCAAUAUUUUCAGUAUUUUGGUGUUUUUUCUAUUAACUUUUCAUGUUUUUCAUCUUCCAAUUAAUAUUUGGGGGGGAGGGGUUUCAAAUUUAUACGAAUUAUGCAAUACCACGUUUUGCCUAUGUAGGUAGUGCUUCUAGCUGUAUUGGUUAUUAUAGGUAAGUACACAGAUUUAAAAAAAAACAAUGUAUGCUUUUUUUCUUUUGUUUGUUUGUUUUAAUUGACCAAAGUGGGUACUGCUAUUUUUGCAGUGUGAUGAGGUCCUUUUGUGUACUGAGAGAUGGACAGGGGAUUUUUUUUCUAUACAUAUAUAUACUCUGGGGUGGGUGGGAGGAUUUUUUUUGAACACUUUACAGUGUAGAGCUGUGAAGCAGUGAGCCCUGAAAUGGGCCUGGGCUGCAAAGCGACUUCUGCCUACUGUGACAAACUUCAACUUACACAGGUUUUCCCUCUGAUUCCCACCUGGGGUGCAAGAUGAACUCAUUUCUGGUUUUCAAAACAACAGAAGAGUAAGAACAGCAAACACAACAAAUUCUCUUAGGGGCAGACUUGGCUUGGCCUUUUUUUUUUUUUUUUUUCCUUCUUUUUCUUCUUCUUUAAAAGAAACAAGCAAGAAUGAUCUUAUUUUUGUUGUUGGCAGUUUUUCUUGCAAAUUCUAGAUCUACAGUGGAGAGUGAGCCUGUCUCAUAUUUAGUAAAGUCUUUUUUUUUUUUUUUUUGAAAUGCCACACUUCAGGGUUUAACACACAGCAACAUGCUUUCUCUAGCAAAGCCCCAUUUGCCCAGCUAGAGGAAGUGUUUUUGGAUCCUUUGCCUGCUACUGCCCUGCCCAAUGCCAUUUGAUUCAUGAUAGGAUAGGACUUACCUGUGACUUUCUACUUCCCCUGGAUCACAGUGCCCUUGGAUUUU